AAACAUUUUUCUCCGUGCAUGAGGGCAGAAACUCCCUCCUGAUUGUGACAGGACGGUUCGGGUUUUGAUUCUCCCUGCAGGCUUCAUCUGGGUGUCGACAGUAACUCAUCCUGGUAGUCCGCUGACUGAACUUUGCAGUUGCAGCGGAGGAUCCAAACCAGCAGCUCUUUAGCUCCUGCAGGUCUGCAAACCGCUAUCAGCCGCUGGACGAAGCUCUCCAGGUGCAAAGUUUUCAUGCCUCUGAUUGCGUUCCUGUGUGGUCAUAUGCAUCGCCAUGAAGCACCAAUCUAUUUCCCGCUGGCUGAGCCAACUUGGACUGCCGCAGUACUGCAUGCUGUUGGAACAGGAAUAUGAUGGUGUAGAGGAUCUGCUCCACCUGUCAGAAUACGACCUCCUGGAGCUUGGCGUCCACAAUCACCUCCAUCGCCUCCACCUGCUGACUUCCCUGCACCUCCUGCACGAGCGAGAGAGGAGAAGAGAGUUGAGGAUGAUGGCUGAGGGGCGUUUUGCCAGUCUGCCCAGGUCGCUACAUGCACAUCAUCACACUGUGGGAGGAGGCUCCGCCCACUCUGGAGGCCCCGGCUCCGCCCAUGGCGUCUCCCCCAGAAAACUCAACAUCCCCAUGGAUCUCCACGGCUCCAACCCCUGCAUCCCUUCAGGUCAGGAGAUUCCUGCUGCAUCCUACCAGUCGGUCUCGCUGCACGGGACGCUGCCUCGUCGCAGGAGAGGCGGAGCCAACGUCAGCCAUAGCAACCAUGCAUGGGACCUGAAGACCAAUCAGACGCAGCCGUUACUUUCCGGGAACGCAUCAGUGCCUGCAGGGCUCGUCCUGCAGCCCGCCGCGUCCUCGCUGGCUCAGAAUAUCAGCGAUGAUUUCAAGAGUUGCAGGGAUCCUGUCGCCGCCCUGGAUGCUGCUGUCGACUACGUUAAGUUCUCCAGGGACCAGUUCAUCCUGGACUGUUCGUUGGAGAAGCUCCGCAGAGAGCUGGAGGAGGAGCUGAAGAUGAGCAGCGAGGAGCCCAGGAGUCACGCCUGGUACCACGGCGCGAUUCCCAGACAGGUCGCAGAGAGCCUGGUGCAGCGUGACGGAGACUUCCUGCUGCGGGAUUCGCUCUCCAGCCCAGGAAGUUACGUUCUGACCUGCCAGUGGAGAAACGCCGCGCAGCACUUUAAGAUCAGCAAGAAGAUGGUGAUCCUGAAUGAAGCGUACUCCAGAGUGGAGUAUCUGUUGGAUAAGGAAGGGUUUGACAGCGUUCCUGCACUCAUCAGAUACUACGUUGGCAACAGGAAACCCGUCUCACAGGUUGUUGGUGCCAUCAUCUUCCAGCCGAUCAACCGAGCGUUCCCGCUGCGCUACUUGGAGGAAAAGUACGGACUGUCGAGCAACCACAAAGAGGCGGGGCUGAUGGUGCAGGAGAGGCGGAGCCAGAACCGCCUUAGCCUCAACAUCACCAACGGUCACGACGGCGCGCACAACGUCCACGACGGCCAUCAUGGCCAGGACAACGGCUUCGUCCGCGGCGCCCAGCUGAGGUUGAAAGAUCGAUGCGGCAGUCAGCCAGCGAGUCUCAAUCAAGUCCAGGAGAAGCGACGUCCCCUGAAGGCGCACCAAUCGGAAAGCUUCCUGCCUCUGGGAACCAAACAGCUGCCCCAGCAGUCUGCGGACCCGCUGCUCACCAGCCCCGGACCAAAGUCUCCGGUGUUUCGGACCGGCAGUGAGCCGGUCCUCAGCCCGUCAGCCCAGCGUAGAUCUGCAGAACCUUUAGCAGGUCAAGCGAUCCGUGGUUCUGACAGCCAGCUGUGUCCCAAGCCGCCUCCCAAACCGAGCAAAGUGCCCCUGACCCGGCUGCCCCUCAUGCCGCCCUCUAGCAGCUCUGGGGAAAACCCGGCUAAUUCCAGGAGGAGUGGAGCUCCGCCUGUUCCUCCUGCGAAGCCCCAGAAAUGUCGACAUUUUCCUCUUACGGAUUCCCGCAGUCCGUCCAGCUGUGUGGUUUCUCCUCCUGCAGUUGUCCAUUGUCCGGACUCGGAGCUGUCGUCAGGAAGGACGGAGCGGCUGAAUCCGAGCCCAGCCGACCUUCGGUCCUACAGCCCACCGGAACCGGACCGGGAUCGCCAGACUUCGCAGAACCCGUCCACGUCGUGUGGCUACGUGGAGCUGCUGAAAACCGACGGCGAGGCUGCGGGCCGGAAAACGCUCGACAGAAGCUCCUACCACCACGCCAUCGCCGCCUUGGAAAGCACGAGCGAGGAAGAGGAGGAGGAAGAGGAAAAGAUGAGGCGUGGGUUUCUGCGGCCGGUUCUGGAGACGGAGUCGGCGUUCAGGCCGGCGGAGUUCGAAUCACGUCUGCUGCCGCCUGAAAACAAACCGCUGGAGAUGGCGGUGCUGAAGAGAGCGAAGGAGCUGCUGCUCAGCCACGACCACCAGAGCAUCGCCACACACCUGCUGAUGGCCGACUGCCAGGUGGUGCGGAUCCUGGGAGUGACUCCUCAGGUCAAAGGUCGGAUGGGCGUUUGUUCGGGUCUGGAGCUGGUGACGCUGCCGCACGGCCGCCAGCUGAGGCUGGACCUGAUGGAACGGCACCACACCAUGGCGAUAGGCGUCGCCGUGGAUAUUCUGGGAUGCACCGGCACCGUGGAGGAGCGGGCGUCCACCUUGAAUCGCAUCAUCCUGGUUGCCAUGGAGCUGAAGAACGCGGUCGGCGAUCUGUUCGCCUUCACGGCCCUCAUGAAAGCUCUGGACAUGCAGCAGAUCAGCCGCCUGGAGGAAACCUGGACGACUCUACGAAGGAACUACACGCAGACCGCCAUCAGCUACGAGAAAAUCCUCAAACCUUUCUACAAGAGUCUGUAUGAAGGAGAAGCCUCCUCUCUGUCUGUGGUCUGCAUCCCUCUCCUCCUGCCUCUGCUCACCCUGAUGGAGCGACCAUCAACCACGCCCGAAGGGGUGGAGCUCUGGGAAACCAGCGACCAGGGAUGUGACAUCAUGCUGCGUCACCUGGAGGCGGCGCGCAACGUCGCGAACAACACUCAGAGCUACAUGGCCAACGCAGAGAAGAUCAUAGAAGGGUUUCAGUUUGACGAAGAUCUGCUGGAAGUUUUUAAAACGGACUUUCAGCUGCGGCUGCUUUGGGGGAGCCGCGGAGCAGCCGUCAACCAAUCAGAUCGCUACAACAAGUUCAACCUCAUCCUCACCGCGUUGUCCAGGAAACUGGAGCCUGUGACCAAAACACAGCUCACUAACUAAAGGACUAACUGACUUGGACUCAAAACGGAGCAAAGCUUCAAAUGUUUUGAGCCACAGCAGCACAAAACAAAACAAAAAGCACGUUGGUUUGUGUUUCAUGUUUUUCUUUCUGUUUAAAGUGAGUUCAGUAAUCAGGUCAGUUUUUAAUCCAGUAUUAAAUAUUUACCACAACAUCUUAGAGACAGAGGAAAUACUGCAUUAAUACCAAAACUAUGAAGAUUUGUUGUAGAGCGACACUUUAAAACAGAAACUGUGGAGCUGAUCACAAAUGUAUGGAGGAGUGAUCCUGCCAAAAUUGGCAAUGACUAUAGAAGUAAAUAAAUGGCUCAGUAAAGUAAUUUUGCCAAAAAGUUGCAUCCAAAAAAUAAAAUAUGAAAAUUUUCCCGGCUUAUUUUAUUACUGUGUGCUAUUAUUUUCAUCAGUAUUAAUUUAACUUUAUGACCAGUAAUUAUAAUUUUCGGUCUUACUUGCAAUCUUAUUGUUGUAUUAGUUUAAUUUAUUUCAUUAUUUAUUUGUUCUUUCUUUAGAUAUUUUUUAAUUUACUGUCACUUUUUCAUUUUCUCCAUAUUUUUUAUUUAGUAAUUUUAAAAUUUUCUGUAAUUGUUUUUCAUACAUUUGAUUUAUUUUCUCCUGUAACAUUUCGUCUUUGCAUUUUCCCUUCUUUCCAUUUAUUCACAAUUUAUAUUAUUUUACUUGCUAUUCAUUGCCUAGUUAAAUGACUAAUGUUGAAAAUUACAAAUAUUAAUUUACGUCACACUGCCCAAUCAAAUAAAUGGGAAAGUUCUUUUUUAUGCAAUACUUAAUUACUUUAUCAAGCCAUUUAUUUUAUAUUUAUUAUUAAUUUUGGCAGGAUCAGUCUCCCAUAGGAGAACUAAAGCUACAGGCAAUACACUGAGAAACAAAAUGUUUAUUUUCUGCAGAAAAGUUUGGACCACAAGGCCAGAAUAACGUCCAACUAACCAGCAAAAUCAGCAGACAUAAACCAAGAGGUGAAAUUUCACAAAAGAUGAACAGAAAACCAAUUUAUUGUUAAAUACUUCAGUUUUAUAUGUCUUGUCUAAUUCCAUUAUAAAUUAAGUUGAUAUAAUGCAAACUGUCUGAGGGUGGAUGACAUGCUGGCACGUCAAAAUCAAUUUUAUUUACUUUUCUCAAAACUUUGCUUUAUAAAAAUGUUAAAAUGCAGAAUACACUGGACAUGACCGGUCCAAUAAUAGAUGACGGGUCUUUAUCUGCAUUUCUAUUGCUAAAUUACCAUAUAAAACACAACUUUUACAGAGCCAAGACGCGAGUAAAACCAUUUCCUUUUGCAAAAUUCCCCAAAAAGUAUUAUAAAUUUUUCAUCUCUUGGCUAAAAUAUGAGCCCUGAUUUUGCAAAUAAUGUCUGAAAUCCACUUGAUGAUCAACAGAAUCAAAAAAUGAAUAAAAAAAUGAAUUUCUCAGUUUUUCUUCUUUAAAUUUAAUUCAUGACUGUAUUUUUAGUGGAUAAAAACGAAGUAGCGACGCAGAGGAAAUGGCUGUCAGCUGUGUUUUUAUAAAAUAUGGAGCCAAAAAAAGGUUAAAUUAUUUCUUUUUUAAAAGUCAAAACUGAACAAAAAUCACAUGUAUCUAUGAAGAUUUUAUUUAAUUCACUAAAAAUAAAAUCACUAAAAUGCAUUGUGAUAUUAAAGUUGUACAUAUUUAAAACAUAUUAGACUGUAAAUAUUUUAAGACUGUAAAAAAAAAUUAAUUUUAAUGUUUAUAUUAUGAAUGUUGUAAAAUGUAAUAAAUACGGUUUAUGAUCUAACUCAUCUGGUUUCCAUGAAGUGUUGCAUGACAAAAUGUUUGCUUUUACACAAAAUACUCUCGUGGUUUUAUGUUUGUUUAAUUAGAGCGACAUUUUCAACAAGAAAAAGGAGAAUUAUGUUCAAAGUAUUCGACAACAUUCAAGGAAAAUAAAAAAUGUGCACAAUA